CUGGUGCCUUUCUAAUUGCAGGGGAAGUGCUGAAGCUAGUGCAGCCUGUGCCUGGCCAUGAUGCCCUUUGGGGGAAUUGCCGCCCGGCUGCAGAGAGACCGGCUGCGAGCGGAGGGAGUGGGUGAGCACCACAAUGCCGUCAAGUACCUGAACCAGGACUACGAGGCUCUGAAGCAGCAGUGUCUGGAGAAUGGCACACUCUUCGAGGAUCCCCAGUUCCCAGCUGUCCCCUCCGUCCUCGGCUUCAAGGAGCUGGGGCCAAAUUCUGGCAAGACGCAGGGGUUGCGCUGGAAGCGCCCGUCGGAAAUCGUGAGUGACCCUCAGUUUAUUGUUGGAGGUGCCACGAGGACGGACAUCUGUCAAGGGGCUUUAGGUGACUGCUGGCUGUUGGCUGCCAUUGGCUCCCUCACCCUCAACGAGGAUCUCCUGCACCGCGUGGUGCCCCAUGGGCAGAGCUUCCAGGAGGACUAUGCUGGAAUCUUCCACUUCCAGAUCUGGCAGUUCGGCGAGUGGGUGGACGUGGUGGUUGAUGACCGGCUGCCGACCAAGGACGGGGAGCUGGUGUUCGUGCACUCAGCAGAAUGCACUGAGUUCUGGAGUGCACUGCUGGAGAAGGCCUAUGCCAAGCUGAACGGCUCCUAUGAGGCCCUGUCGGGGGGCAGCACCACAGAGGGCUUUGAGGAUUUCACCGGCGGCGUGUCGGAAAUGUAUGACCUCAAGCAGCCGCCCAGAGACCUAUCCAGGAUCAUCCACAAGGCGCUGGAGAGGGGAUCCCUGCUUGGCUGCUCCAUCGACAUCACAAGUGCCUUUGACAUGGAAGCAGUGACCUUCAAGAAGCUGGUGAAGGGACAUGCCUACUCUGUCACAGGCUUUUCCGAGGUGGAUUACCGGGGUCGCCAGGAAGAGCUCAUCCGAAUCAGGAACCCCUGGGGUCAGGUGGAGUGGACUGGAGCCUGGUGCGACGGCUCCUCGGAGUGGAACAAUGUGGACCCCUCGCAGAGGGAGGAGCUGCAGCUGAAAAUGGAGGAUGGCGAGUUCUGGAUGGCUUUCAGGGACUUCAUGAGGGAGUUCAACAGGCUGGAGAUCUGUAACCUGACCCCUGAUGCCCUGGACAAGGACAGCCUGAGCAAGUGGCACACAACGCUGUUCGAGGGCUCCUGGCGUCGAGGCAGCACAGCAGGGGGCUGCAGGAACCACCCAGCCACCUUCUGGAUUAACCCCCAGUUCAAGAUCAAGCUCCUAGAGGAGGACGAUGACCCUGAGGACAACGAGGUGGCCUGCAGCUUCCUGGUGGCCUUGAUGCAGAAGCACCGGCGGAAGGAGCGGCGGGUGGGGGGCGACAUGCACACCAUUGGCUUUGCCGUCUACGAGGUCCCAGAGGAGGCCCAGGGCUGCCAGAACGUGCACCUGAAGAAGGAGUUCUUCCUGCGGAACCAGUCCCGGGCUCGCUCCGAGACUUUCAUCAACCUCCGGGAGGUGAGCAACAAGAUCCGGCUGCCCCCAGGCGAGUACCUCAUCGUGCCCUCCACCUUCGAGCCACACAAGGAAUCUGACUUUGUCCUGCGCGUCUUCACGGAGAAGCAGUCUGACACAGAGGAGCUAGAUGAGGAAAUCACAGCGGAUCUGCCAGAUGAGGAAGAGAUCUCCGAAGACGACGUGGACAGCUCCUUUAGGAGCAUGUUCCAGAAGCUGGCAGGAGAGGAUAUGGAAAUCAGCGUGUUUGAGCUCAGGACUGUUCUGAACAGAGUCAUCACCAGACACAAAGACCUGAAGACGGAUGGGUUCAGCAUGGAGUCCUGCCGCAACAUGGUCAACCUGAUGGAUAAAGAUGGCAGUGCCCGCCUUGGCCUUGUGGAAUUCCAGAUCCUGUGGAACAAGAUCCGGAGCUGGCUGACAAUCUUCCGCGAGCAUGACCUGGACAAGUCAGGCACCAUGAGCGCCUAUGAGAUGCGCAUGGCUCUGGAGUCAGCUGGCUUCAAGCUGAAUAACAAGCUGCACCAGGUGGUGGUGGCCCGCUAUGCCGAUGCAGACUUGGGUGUGGACUUCGAUAACUUCGUCUGCUGCCUGGUCAAGCUGGAGGCCAUGUUCAGAUUCUUCCGCAGCAUGGACUCUGAAGGCACCGGCACAGCAGUGAUGAACCUGACUGAGUGGUUGCUGCUGAAAAUGUGGGGCCAGGAGCAGAGACAGAGCCAUGCUGGCUGAAACACCCCAACGGGCUGGGACACCCCAAAAUGCUUCCCCCUCAGAUUUACAGACACGAGACAUCCUGUCGUCACCCCUCUCCUGGCCUCUCUGUCCCCUUCCCUUACCAGUGUCUCCCGGCAUGACAGACUCUCGCAUCGUGUUGCCCCAUUCAAUCCAGUCUAAGCGUGGGGCCCCACGGGUGUUCCAGCUGGGAGUAGAAAUUGGCAAUAGGCCAAUCUCUCUUUGAUGCAAUUUUGUGUAUUUACAAAGAAUGUAAAAAGUCCUGUGUCUGUGAAGGCAGAGGGAAUCAAAUAGCAGGAACCAGUUUCUUUGGUACACAGCACUUAACCACUUCUUUUCACCUGCACCCUGGCACAUAAAUGUCUCUCCAGGUUUCUUUCCAGGUUAGCCAUUGUGCUUUCAGCUUUUCCUCCUGCCUGCCUCUCACUCUGUCUGCCACACCAUUUGUGUGUUAUUCCCCCCACCCCCACAUCCACCUGCUGACCAGACCCAGUUGCACGCAUGCUAGUUUCUGAGCAGACUAUUAUGUUUUCUUUCAGGUGUGACCCCUUCGCUGUCUCCUACGGUGGGGUUAAAUGAGGGACUCAUUCACACAUCAGUUAAGGGUUUCAACUCCACCCAUAACAAGGGUUUUAGCUAGCUUGUAGCCCAGCCUCUCUAGAUUAUUUCCCAGGCUGAGUGUGACUUGUACCCUCCAGUAGGAGGUGCUUGGGGACAAUAUGCUGCAUGUAGAGCAUUGUUGCAUGUGGGCUUCAGACCAGCAACUCAUGCUGCUUGUAGCAGGGUGCUAGUUAGGGAUGCAACUUGACUGCAGGGUGCAGACCUGGCUCCCAUGAGAACAAAGUGGGAUCUGUGUCACUUGCUGGGGGGCUGCUCUGGCCCGCUCUGGUAGGUUGAUAUUUGUGAGUGAAUCCCACCAAGGCUCAGUAUUGGGAAUUAUAACUCUGCACCUUUGUUUGGGGCUGAGCAGCAGGCAAGGUGGGGGUUGCCUCUGGUUAAAACCAAGAGGGAGCAUGUGAGUAGAGGGGAGAGGUCUAGUGGUUCAGAACCAGGCCAUCGGACUCCAGACUUCUGGAUUCUGGUCCUGCUCUGAGAGGAGAGUUUGGUUGAGUGCUUGGAGGAAGGAGAGGGGAGUCAGGACUUCUGGCUGCAGAGCUGUUCUGAGCACUUACACGCUCAUCACCAUAGUGCCUCAGCACCUUCUAAAUGUGGACAUGACCAAAGUAUAAAGCCCCUUUGUGGGUCAGAACUUCUGGGUCCUAGUCCCACUGAUCCAUUGCGUGGCCUUAGACAAGUCCCUUCAGCUGCUCUGGGUCUCAGGCCCUGUCUACACUAGAGAGUUUAGCAUGGCACAGCUGUUCCAAUCCAGCCACGCUACUCUAAUAUUGCUUAUGUAGCUGCUCUCUGCCAAUGGGAGAGAGCUCUCUCGUCAGCAUAAUCAAAUCUUCUCCCCGAGCAGCGGUAACCGUGUCUCCUGCCGACAUAGUGCUAUCCACACGGGUGUGUCUGCUGAUGUAUUUAUAUCGCACAAGGAUGUGUGGGUUUUCCCCGCGCCCCUGAGUGACAUAAGUUACACCAGCAAAAGUGGGAUAGACGAGCCCUCCGUCUCUUCAUCUCAGGGGUUGCUGAGCGCAACAAGAUUGUGGUGGACAUUACUCUUCUGCCCCCUGCUGUUUUGCAAGGCACAUUGCCCCCUAUAGCUGCCCUAGAGCAGUGUUUCUCAGCCAGUGGUACGAGUACCCUUAGGGGUACUCGAGAGAAGUCUGGGGGGGUACGUCAACACAACUGAAAUUUGUUUUAUGUUUUACAGCGUUUUAUUAUUUUUGUACUUUUUACACCCAAAAUGUCAUCGCCCGCCUGGCUACGAUUAAGUUGUUUAAACAAAUGUGUUGCAACGGUAGAAAAAAAUCGUGUGUGUCUGAACAUUGUAGGUACUGGGGGUACUUAUAGAGGCUUUUUUUUAAGGGGUACUUUAUAAAAAGAGGUUGAGAAACACUGCCCUAGAGCAGUAGGUCCCAACCUGUGGCCUAUGGACCCCUAGUGGUCUGCGAUAGUACUGGAGGGGGUCCACGGAAAGUUUAAAAUGUACGGAGCCUCGCGCAGCUAGCACAUCCUUCAGCCCACGUUGCUUCCCGAGUAGCGGGAAGCAACUCACGCUGAGGGAUCUGCAGGCACAGCUAUAUUGUUGGAAGGGGGGAUCUGUAAAAUUGUAAUAGAUUGAAAAGGGGUCCAUAUGCUGGAAAAGGGUUGGAGCCACUGCCCUAGAGAGAAGUGCAGGGUUUUCUCUCCCCUGUACCAUCCCCCGGUGUCUUGACUGGAACAGGGCUGAGAUGCCCCCAGGCACGAGUGCCUUUCUCACCCCUCAUUUCCUAUUCUUACCCCUAUGCUGCAGUGGGCUGGCCCAGGCUCUGUCCAAAGCCCCUGCCCUGAGGGAUCUGGGCAGCCGCACUAGCACUGGGUCUUCCACCUCCUUGCCUAUGCAUUUCUGAGGGACAUGGCUGUGGAAAUAACCACUUCUGCUCGGCUGGCAGAGCUGCCUCCCCGGCCCCUGCUCACCGUGUAGCCUGGAUAAUAAAUAGUGAAUUGUACGAA